AUGGAGCAGGAAAAACCAUGGGCAUUGAUCUCAGAGGUGGGGGGUGAGUACGGUUACCUUGAAGAGCAAGCAGACAUACUGAAGCAACACUUUCAAAUCAUCUGUUAUAGCGAGCUCCUACAAAACCCAACGCUUCACGGCCCCAAAAUUCAGGUCCUGUUCAUGUGGAAGUACUUCCCUGAAGCCAAGCCUUUGUUGCUCGAAUUGCUUCCAUCUCUUAAAGUGGUUGCCAGUGGAGGAGUGGGCAUCGACCACCUGGAUGUACCGUACAUUAACAGUCUCGGGGUGACGAUUGCCAACACUCCUGGUGUAGUCAGCGACUCCACAGCAGAUUUUGCCAUGGCGCUGCUUCUUGCCUCAGCUCGCAAGAUUCUUGAAGGUUAUCAAAUAGCUGUUGACCCAAAGACCAUCCACAUGCCACAAAGCCUGAUGGGAGUUGAAGUCACAGGGUCGACACUCGGGAUCAUUGGAAUGGGAGAUAUUGGUUACAAAAUUGCCCAAAGAGGCAAAGGAUUUGGAAUGAAGAUCUUGUAUCACAACAGGACCAGAAGGAGUGUAGAUGAUGAGCAGGCUGUUGGAGCCAGUUACUGUGAGAGCCUGAGCGACCUGCUGGGGAGGACGGACUUUCUCGUGUUAGCAGUCAAACUGACCUUGGACACAACGGGCCUCAUUGGCCACAGAGAGCUAUCCCUCAUGAAACCCACAGCAACACUGGUCAACAUCAGCAGAGGCCAAGUUGUGGACCAGGAAGCCUUACUUAAAGCUCUUCAGUCUCGAACAAUUCGUGCAGCUGCAUUAGACGUGACUCAUCCUGAACCUUUACCAAGGGAUCAUCCGCUCCUCGGCCUGCCCAAUGUGCUGAUCACACCACACAUCGGGAUCAACACCUACACGACAGCAAAAGGGAUUGUGCAAAAGAUGGUAGAAAAUGCCCUGGCUGCAGUUAAAGGCUUACCUGUUCCAAAUGAAGUCAAGCUACAGUGACGCAGUCAAUUUUAAAUAUAUCUGCAGUGGGAGCUUUGAAUUAUUGACCUUUGUGUUUUACAUAACAAUAAAAUAUGAACACGCUGAACU